AAUAAAAUAAAUAAUAAAAUAAGAUUCCCAUUCCCGCACUCUCCGCAGAAGGGAGAAGCGACGAAGCCCUAAACCCUAACCCUAAACAAACCCUAAUUCUUUGAUCGAGGAGGAGGAGGAGGAGGAGGAGGAGGACGAGAUGUUGUUCCAGGUUGGGGGGCAGGGGACGCGGCCGACCUUCUUCGAGAUGGCGGCGGCGCAGCAGCUCCCCGCGAGCCUCAGAGCUGCUCUCACCUACUCUCUUGGGGUGCUCGCUUUAAGAAGACCAUUCCUUCACAAAGUGUUAGAUUAUGAUGACGAAUUCUUUGCAUUAUUGAUGGCGGUGCUUGAAACUCACAGUUUACGAACAACAGAUGCUUCUUUCUCGGAGUCCUUAUAUGGUUUGCGAAGGAGAGCAGUGAAGAUUACAGCUGAUAAAGGCACUACUUCUGUGGAAUCUAGUGAUAAAGUUUAUAAUUCUGGGCUGCGGAAGCAUCAAAAAGUCCUUUCAGUUGUGUUUCUGGUUGUUUUACCAUAUUUCAAGUCAAAGCUCCACUCUAUCUAUAACAGAGAAAGAGAAGCUAGGCUUCAAGCAAGUCUUUGGGGCCAAGAUGAUCCAGGACUGGACGAAGCUGGUUUUCUUCUAGAUCAAGGAGAAACUUCUCAUGCACAAGUUGAAACCACAAGUGUGGAAGUAUCAAGUGUGACACAUCUCAAGAGGAAAGUUAUGGCUAUUAUAGGUGCUUGCUACCCUUGGAUUCAUGCCACCAAUGAAGGCCUGUCAUUUGCUUACCAACUAUUGUAUCUUUUGGAUGCUACUGGGUUUUAUAGUCCAGCGCUACAUGCACUUGGAAUUCAUGUUUGUCGUGCAACAGGACAAGAACUGAUGGAUACAUCAUCUAGGAUUUCAAGGAUUAGAAGUCGUGAACUUGAGCGGCUGCGUGGUCCUCCAUGGUUGAAGGCUGUGCAGAGAGUGCUUCUCAAUUGCAUAUACACCACUUUGGAUUAUGCGCAAACUGGUUUAAUUGCUGCUGUCUUCUUUUUCAAGAUGAUGGAAUGGUGGUACCAAUCCGCAGAAGAAAGGAUGUCAGCACCAACUGUUUAUCCCCCGCCUCCUCCACCUCCACCUCCGAAGGUUGCUAAGGAUGGAAUUCCCUUACCACCGGAUAGGACAUUGUGUCCUCUAUGCUGCCAAAAACGAGCCAACCCAUCGGUUCUUGCCGUUUCCGGUUUUGUUUUCUGCUAUAGUUGCAUAUUUAAGUAUGUAUCACAGCAUAAAAGAUGCCCUGUCACAUUGAUGCCUGCAACAGUUGAACAAAUUAGGCGGCUGUUCCAUGAUUUGUAGCUACAUAUAUCAUGGACAUUUCAAAAGGAAAAAAAAGCACCAUCAAACAUAUGGGUUGCAUCAAAAGCCAAAAUCGCGCGUGAAAUUAUGUGGAAUCUUAAAUCACUUCGUUUUGCGGAGGGCCUGUGAAUUACUACCAAGUUCCAAUAUCAACAGAUGGUUUCCGAAAAGUGGCAUUUUGUAUUCUUUCUUUUUUCUUUUUUUUUUACCAUAAAUGCUUUUCAAAUAGAUCAGUUCUGAAGUUGAAGUAUUUAUGGAGCUCGUCUAACAAUCUCUGCUGGCAACAUAUGCUCAUCACACGUUGCCGGGUUAGAAUCAAAUUGUUCAUGGAAAAUUAUAGUGAUUUAGUUACAGCAACUCCACAUAAUGUAAGAAAGUAUUUAAUGUAAUCAUUUUCACCAUUCUGGUUGACAAUAAAGUUUACUUGCUGCA